GCGCACCCAGUGGAAGACGUUGAAAACAAAACAUCGAAAAUGGCGAUAUUGUCGAAGCUGUGUGCACCUCGUAUGGAAGUGAUUUUCAUAGGGUUUCCAGGUGAAGGUGUGUAGUUUAUCGUAGAAGUGAAAGUGUGUAUAAAAUAAACCCAUUUUGCAAAAUUCUAUAAAAUGUGUUCAAAUUUGGAGGGUAUAAACCAUAAUUUAACAGCGGUUGGUGCGCUUCAUCAAGAUGACGUAGAUGAACGUAUUGCUGCGCACGCAGCCACCAAUAACGACGCGACGACGAACAAAGACGAUGAGAUCCCUCCAAAGAAAAGAAAAACACGAAGAGGACGAAAUAAAAGGCGGCAUCCCUAUUUGAAUACAAACAUGAAUAGGAAAUCCUGGAAUGCAACUAAGCCAGAUGCCCCCCAUAAUAGCAAUCAGUUUCUCAUUGAAGAUCAAGGUACUACUAAAGAAAUCGACGAUUGCCUAAAAAAUGAUAAAAUGGCUAGAACUCGCGAUUCUAGUUUCAGUAUGGAUUCCGACGGCGAAUUCUAUUCCUCACCCGAUGGCGAAGAGGCGUUUUUAAGAAAGGAUUUCGACGACACGUACGAGAAGUUUCGCACGGAACGUUUCAACGCGAUGACAAAAGGCGAUAUAAUCGAGGAGUUUUUACAGCUCGAACAAAAGUUCGAAACCGUGCUUCAAUCAAAUAAGAACGGCGAAAGUGAAGAGGACAAACAUCUGCAGAAAGAAGUCGAUAGAUUACUGCUCGAGAACGAAACUUUAAAACGCGAAAUUUCCGAUUUACGCAACCAAAUUUUAAUUUCGAACUCGUCCGUCGAUUCCGAAUCGGAUUCCAGUGAAAGUUGCAGUACGAGUUCGAGUAGUGCGAACGAUACUGUGAAAGAAGUUAUUCAAUCAGAUGAUGGUGUGAACGAUUAUUCACAAAUGAACGGACAUUCUCCCAGUUAUUUACAAACCGUGUAAGCUGUACAUGUUAAUCGUUAACGGCCCUUUGUACAGAACUGUUUGAUUAUUUUUGUGUAAUUUUUCGAGGUGGUUAACUGUUGUUUUGUAAUUACAACAUCGAUACUUUCCACGUAAUUUACUAUUGUUGAUUUGUUAUUCUUUUGCUUCUCAUAUUUCAUUUGCACCUACCGUUUUCAUUGUGUGUCAUUGAAAAUCUAAUAUCUUUGAAGCAACUUAUACGGGAGCGAUCCACUGUGCAUCCCAUGUAACCAGUUCGACAAUAUUUUUUCCAAUGAUACAAGUGACACUGCCAAAUUUAUUUGCAUAAUUGAGGAAGGCAAUCGCUGAACAAAUAGGAAAGUGUUCCUUAUUUUUUCUGUCAUAGCACCUCCUUAAUUCCAUUUUAGAAAUUAUUGUCGAACUAGCCCAAUUAAAAUAGUCCGAAAUUUUGAGAAUUCUGUUACAAUAGCAACUCUAAAACCUGGUUACUAUCCUCUAUUGGUCAUACCAAAGAUAUUACAUUUUUGAAGUGAAUGUACCUAAAUUUUGGGAAGCCUUCUGAUAGUUUUUGAACUUUAGUAUGUAAGUAAAAUGAGUACAAUUUGGAUAAUAAUAUUCCAUAAGACAAAGCAAAUUCGUGUUAACGUUGUAGAAAGUAUUCAAUUUGUAAAUUAAAUAGAAACACGCAUCUGCUUUGUUAGAUAUUUAUUAUGUUAUAAUUUGGUAAAUUUAAAUUAUUCAUUAAAAAUUUAAGCGACGUUGUAUCUAUGUUUUUAAUAAUAAUGUUUUAUUUAAA